CUGUUUUUCCCCCCAUAUUUUUCCCCUCAGAAUUCCAUUCUGUCGGUGAAAGAACUUUGUGGCCUCCCACCAAUUACCAGUCUGAAGCAAUGCAUUUUGACCUUGGUUUCCCGGCUUGUGAACAACGACAGUGUCCCUUCAGUGGCUCUCUGCAUGAAGGACAACUUUCCUUAUCUGGAACCAUUGGGAACCCUGACAGAUGUGCAGAAGAAGGUUCUAGCUGCUUAUGACCAGAUGAUUCAAGAGAGCAAGCUUCUUGUAGAAACAGCAGAUACUGUUUACGACAAAAUCAUUCAGUGUCAGAAAGCAGGAAUGGAGCUCCAUGAAGAACUACACAAUUUAGGAACAAAGGAAGGCUUGAAAGGAAGGAAACUCAGCAAAGCAAUUGAGAGUUUUGCGUGGAAUAUCACCGUGCUGAAGGGACAAGGGGAUCUACUGAGGAACGCCAAAAAUGAAGCCAUAGAAAAUAUGAAGCAGAUCCAGCUGGCUUGCUUAUCGCGCGGACUGAGCAAAAGUGGAAGUGGGAACUCGGAUGCCAAGGCUAAGCCAGGUCCUGAGCCGGCCGAAAAAAAAGAGACAAGCGGCGAGAAUGCCAGGCUCUGAACAAAGCCAAUGGUGUCGUUAUAUUUCAAUAGUCGAAAAUUAUUUUUUUAACACAUUAAAAAAGAGAAAGAAAGCUCACAUUAGCACCCUCUACAGGGCAUCAGAAGUAUUACAAUUCUCAUAGUGCCAAUGUUUUGCUGCUGUCAUCCGCCUAAAUUUAAACUCUCUGGUAGUGACGUUCUAAUACUUUCCAGUUUUGUGUGGGGAGAUCCUUUAACAUUUUUUCCAUGAAUUACAUUAUUGCCCUUUUCCUUUAUUUAUUAUUUUGUAAUUUUGAAGAGCUAUGUGGAGAGGGAAUACUUUAUACUUUGCUCUAUCAGCUUUCGUCAGUGUGAUUUUCCAAGUCUAAUAUAGGUCUUACCACCAAAAGAAACAAAAGGCAGAAAAAGAACUGUCUUUUAUUAGUGUGCUUUAAUAAUGGCUUCCUCAACAUAGAAGAAUAAAUUAUUAACUUUUUCAUUAAAUUAAGUUAAUAAAUUAUUAAACACUUUCUCUUUUUUAAUGGGAGUCAGUAGGAUAUCCAAUAUACAUUCCAUUGACUUUUGCUAAUCACGAUUUGAAGUGCAUUAAUCUCAUAGCUAUUAAUGGAAGAAAUUGGUCACUUUUUAUUUCGGAAAGGUGGCAGAAGUUCACACUGAGCUCUACCAAACAUGCCUGUAGGUCUGGACAAAAUGAUUCCAGACUUUGGCUAUGAAUUGCAAGUUGAAUUGAAUGGAACAGAAAAUUCAAAGACAAUUUAGUAAUGAUGAAAUAUUUCUCACUGCCAUUAGCUGAACAAAGGUAAUAUAAACAAUGUUUGUAAAAGAUACCUUAAUUUUGUUUGUUUGUUUGUUUUCAUUCAUGUAGACAAAUCUGCAUAGGUCACAUGUGCAAAGGUCCAUCUCAUGAUUGAUGCCAAAGCAUGCACUUAAUUCAUAGAAGUUCUUCCUCCACCUUUGCAUACCAGGUAGCAGUGGUACCCAAACUUGGCAACUUUAAGACUUGUGGACUUCAACUCCCAGAAUUCU